CUCAAUCGGACCGUGCGACCUCAUAACCGAGCCAUCCCAGGAAUAUGUUUGACUUGCUUGAAAAGUACUGCUGUAGCGCUGGGCGGAUGCUCAAUCGGACCGUGCGACCUCAUAACCGUGCCAUCCAUACCCCAACCAUCUAUAAAACCCCGGGCUUGAACUGGAUCAGCAUCACACACAAUGCAAGCUCGUACUGUUGUUCACUCAGCUUCCAGUUUUGAUUCAGAUCCAGAUUUGACAGCAGCAGCUUCAGUAUCCAGUACUCGCAGUUUCAGCCCUCGACGACCGUACUAAAAAAUUCCGGACUAGAACUGGAUCAGCAUCACACACUACUCGCUCGGAUUAUUUGAUCAGAUGGAGAGCGCCAAGGACUCCGCUGCUCACACCACGGAGCAGACCAAACAUUUUGUAGCCGAAAAGAUUGGGCAGGCCCAAGCACACGCUGAGGGAAUGGGCCAGGCUGCCAAGGACAAGGCCAACCAGCCCGGUCAGGCCACAUCUGAUGCCGCCCAGACGACCAAGAAGACGGCUGCUCAGGGCAAGUACAAGGCAUGGCAUUUCGUGCGACAGGCUGGUGACAAGGUGAUGGAGAUUCUUACCAUAAUUUCAGUUUGUAUAGGUUACUGCGCUUGGUGCAGUGACGAGUGAAAGAAGAGAACCAAAGCUUGUCCUGAUUGCGCGCAUCCUUCAUAUGGUUCUUGACUGGACAAGCAAUAACGCUACGAUAUGCAUGCAUGAUCUCAGUAUAGCACUCGUCUGUUGGCCGAAGGCAGAAAUAGCGUGCUAGCUCAGAAUCCGGCUCCAGAGAUAAAUUGAAGUUAUUAUAGUGCCAGAAGGUAUUCUACAUCCACUUCUGACGUGUUUAGAAUAGUGUACAGCACGGUUGCAAAGUGUAGGGACACGUUGAGACUCACGAGAGCUCAUCCAAAUGUAGUGGCGCCUUUAAAGUGGAAGACUUUCUCUCUAAAAUAUCAGCGAGUUGCGAGUCGAUGUUCCCAUAAAUUAUGCCAAUUUGGCGAACAUUUACAUUUAUACGGAGAUUAUAUAAAAGGAACAUGAUAACUUGCAA